ACCAACGACAAGAAUAUGGAAAAGGAAAACAUAAAUAAUCCUGAUACUGAAAAGGGACUACUUCAUGCUGACUUAUUACAACAUUGUCAACAUGAGCUGAAGACACUACAGGAAAAAUUAAUGAAGACCGAACAACAACUCGAGAAAAGCAACGCGUAUAAUGAAGAGCUACGUGAUGAACUGGAUAAGUUAAAUUCAGAGCUUCAUAUUUUGAAGAGUGCUACAAAAGAGAAGACUGAUGCAGAAACCCAGACAGAUUAUUAUCAAGAUGAUUUUAAUGAAAGAGAUGGAUUAUCCAGAGAUCAAGCCAUAGUGAUAGAUGAAUCAAUUAAUGAGGGACAUGAAGAUGAAACUGGUGAAGAUGCUAAAAUAUCAGAUAGUGCUAAAACACUUGUUAGCGAGAAGACAGAUGCAAGUGCUAUUGCGGAGACAGGUGCUACUGUGGAAAAUGAUAACAAACCCGAAGAUGAUAAUAAAAUGGAAUCUGAUGAUAAAGUAGAAAAGGAGGGCAAACAAGAAGAAGAAAAAGCUUCCAGUACAUCGCUGGCUGAUGAACUGCGAGCUACAGCAGAGGCAGCUGUGCAGCAGACUGGCUAUGUGUAUGAUGAAAAUUCUGGACUUUACUACGACUACAACAGUGGUUACUACUACAAUGCAGAAAAAGCAUUGUAUUAUGAUCCCAAUACAGGAACUUAUUUUUACUACAACUCAGAGAGUGGUAAAUAUGAGUUCCACUCCCAAGUUGAUGUGUCUCAGUACAGCACAAGCCAUGAUUCCCAACAGAUCAACAGCUAUGAUCAGUACCAGCACGGGGACCACUAUUCAAGGGGAGGUAACUAUGACCAGUCCCGGAGAGACUAUCAUACUAGCCACAGACAUAAUGAUUCUGGAUAUGACCAGUAUCACCGGGCUUUACCAAGGAAGGACAGGGAGACAUCCAGAUCCAGCAAAUCACAUGUGGAGUAUGACCACCACACACCACAUAGGAGAGAGAAGGAAGGAUCCUCUAGUAGAAAGGACAGUGAUAAAAAGAAACGGUCAAAACGGCUACAGUCAGAGGAAAUGGAAUAUCACAAACGGAAGAAAAAGAAGAAAGAGAAAAAGAAAAAGAAGAGGAAAUCAUCCAAAGAGAAAAAGAGAGAUAGGUCACCAGGGAAAAAAAGUGAUGAAAAGUGUUCGGAUGGUAAAAAAAGGAAGGGUAAGGAGAGUAGAGAAAAAUCUGAGGAGGGCGAAGUUAGGUCAGAGGAUGAUGACAGCAAGGAAGGAGAAGUCAACAAAGAAAACGACAAUGAUGAGGAAAGUUAUGAUUUGGCAGGGAAUUCUGAAUCUUACAUGGAUGAACUGUAUGAAAGUUUUGAUGAGAACAGUAAUAAUGAAGUGACUUCAGAGGAGGGUUCCACAAUAGACAAUUUAUACGAUGAUUUGGGUGAGGAAAAUGUCCAAUGUGUGUCUGGAGAUGAUUUUUUAUCCAAAUGUUCAGAGGAUUAUCUGAUACCUGAGGACCAAAAACAAAGUAAAAAAGAUGACUCCAACAUGGAGCUGUCUCCUACAAACACAGAUAAUGUGAACACGACAUACAGUAAACAGACAGAAUAUUCUGAGCACAAAAAGAAACAAAACUCAAACGACAGCUCUCACAAUACUACCGGGAAAUUUAGAAAAAAGAGAAGUACUUCUUAUUCAGAUGUUGAAACUGCACAUAAAAAGUCGCACCAUAACGAAGAAGAAAAUACUCUUCACAGAAACGAGUCUACUUCUAACAAACAUCGGAUUAAGAAAAGCAGGUCAAACAAUUCGCACAAAUAUGAACAUUCGAGGUCCAGUAAUUCUAAGAAAUCCAAAGACCAACAUGACGAUAGAUAUUGGAAUAAGCAUGGGGAAACACUGUGUGAAAAACAAGUUGGUGACUGUAGUGAAAUAUCAGGUAAAACACAUCUGUACAAAUCAGGGAAACAAGGCAGGAAGUCUUCAAUGAGUAGACAUAUGAAUACAAGAAAAACAGCAUCAAAGUCUCGUCGGAAACUGGCAGCCUCUGCUUCAGACAGUGACAGUAGUAAUAGUUUAUGUACAGGGGAGUCGGAGCUGGAGUCAGGGGAGAUAACCAGUAGUUCUGAGGAGGAACCUGUCGCCAUGCAAUGUGAUGAGGAUGUCCAGGCAGGGUAUGGAGAAGGUCACUCACAUGAUGUCAUUAUGGCCGAGGAAGAGAUCGUGAGUAAAUGGCCGCCAUGUAUCCGUAUGAUUGUAACGGACUCGGACAUCAUUGAUCCUGGUACACUGUUCAUCGUCACAUGUACUGGAGCGACCGUAGGACGAGAGAAGGAGAUGGGUCACACCGUCCUUAUCCCUGAUAUCAAUAUCAGCAAGGCUCAUGCAGAAAUCCAUUUUGAUGAGGACAAGUACCACUACUACCUCACAGACUUGGCUAGUCAGAAUGGCACCUUCCUUAAUGAGGAGCGUGUUUCCGAGGUAAAUUUCCCAAGGUUAAGAGUAAGCCCAAAGUUCUGGGCCAUGAUGAUUAUCCUACAGUUUGGCUGUACUCGUCUACUUCUUCACAUCCAUGAUGGCACAGACACCUGUGAUGAGUGUGAGCCAGGACAAGUACAGGCACAGCUUCAAGCUCAGAACCAGCAACAGAAAGAAAUUGUCAUCCUGAGUAAGGAGGAAAAAUUUAGACAACAGAAACAACAGCUGAAGAAGAUAAAAAAGAAGUAUGGAUUGAAGAAUUCUGCCUAUGAGGACAACAUGGCUGCCAUUAAUAACCCUGGCUAUAAUGAUAAGGCUGAUGAGAGGAGAAAAACAGUCGGCAGUGACAACCCGUACCAACCGGAUGAGGCCCCAGCAUCAGUACACAGACCAAUCUCUGAAGGAAACAAAGGCCACAAGAUGCUGAAGAAGCUAGGAUGGACUGAAGGGGAAAGUCUUGGAAAGGAUAACGAAGGAAUUAGACAACCAAUCUCUGUCAAGUUCCGUGCCAACAAGUCAGCAGGACUGGGAUCAGGUAGUGUUGGAGUUGGGUCAGUGGAGGAAGUGGGCGAUCUUCAUCGGCGGCAAAAAUGGCUUGAAGUCCAGCGACGCUACAACAAAAUGGAAGAAGAUAAAACAACCGGCAGUGGACAUAAUAAAAUGACAUUAACUACACCUAAAUGGGUGCAGGGUGAAACGCAGGAGAGCUGAGACUUUUUAU